AUGAGCUCCCGCCGCGCCCCCAAGCGCAAGGCCCUUUUUGGCCUGAGCGACCUGCACACCUCUCAUUCUCAUCCUCAUCCUCAGCAGGAAGAUGACAAGCUCGCCAAUGAGACGUCCAAGAUACUCAAGACCCUCACCGAGAGCACUUCCCACACCCAAUGCGUCUUCAGCGACGAGGACGUCAUUCCCGAUAGCACCCUCGUUGGCGUGUCCGGCCGUCUCGGCGACACCAAGCUCGCGUCGAUGCAGAAGAUGGUCACCGACUCGAUCCCCGAGGGCACUCAGGUCAAGAUCAUCUACGUCAUCUCCAAGAUUGACAACGGCCCCCAGGCCAAGGAUUACGACGACCCCAUUUUCAUCGAGAACUACAUUAUUAAGGAGAGCAUUCGCGGCCAGAUCCGCCAGCACGAGCAAAACCAGGCUGAAGAGGACGACGAAGAAGAUUUCCCCCCUCAGCCAAAGAAACUCCGCAGAGGCACCGCAUCCAGCGUCCCCGAGCCGCCUGUCAAUAUGAAAUCCAAGGAGGGCAUCUAG